AUGGCAUCAGUAACGGUACGGCGGUUCCGCCCCGCAACAAUCGCGGCCACCGUCGCGGCAGGGGGCAUUGGUCUGGGCAUCUUCUCCAAGAUGAUGAUCGGGAACGCAGCGGCGGAAUCAGGGGCGCCGCCAAAGGUGUUUGGAGCUGGUCCGGCUUUUGUGUCGCUGCCGUUGGAGAGCUCUGAGCAGGUGAACCACAACACGAAGAAGCUGCGGUUCAAGCUGCCGCAGAGGGAUGCUGUAAGCGGGCUAUCAUUAACAUACGACGCCGGUUACCUCGAGCUCAUGGUGAAGAAGUACCCCGACGGCAAGCAGAGCACGCACCUGCACUCCCUCGCGCCGGGCCAGAAGCUGCUCUUCGCGGCCGCGCUCAAGGGCCACCAGUGGAAGCCCAACAGCUACCCGCACGUCACGCUCAUCGCCGGCGGCGCAGGCAUCACGCCCAUCUACCAGCUCGCGCAGGGUAUCCUGCGCAACCCGCAGGACAAGACGGCCAUCACUCUCGUCUUCGGCGUCAACUCGGACCAGGACGUGCUCCUGAAGAAGGAGUUUGAGGAGUUUGAGAGGGAGUUCCCCGGGCGCUUCAGGGCGGUGUAUACGGUGAGCAACCCCGUGGCCGGGUCGCCGUACCGCAAGGGCUAUGUGACGAAGCAGCUGCUGGAGGAGGUCGCGCCGGUGCCGAAGACGGCGGAGACCAAGGUGUUUGUGUGCGGCCCGCCGGCGAUGGAGGCGGCGCUGGUUGGGAAGAGGACUGUGCCUGGGAUUUUGCAGGAGUUGGGGUAUCGCAAGGACCAGAUUCAUCAGUUCUAG